GGAAGAUGCGCACGCGCGUUUUGGUCGGGCACGAGCGCCCCGGCAGGAGCUGCCGCGCGUCAGGCCUGAGCAGGGAUAAGACAGGCAACUUUGCGCAGAACCAAAGCGGUUAUUCGUACUAGGGGAAGGACUGAGCCACGACAUGGCAACUGUUUUUAUAAGGAAAAUGGUGGCUUCUGCUGUGAACCCCCUCCUACAUCUGAGUCGUUGCACGACGACACCCCGUCCACUCUCCACACUGCUGCUGGGUCCCCUGGGUGUUGGAGCUCCAGCAGGUGCGAAGCCCGGUGAAGUGGUGGCCUCACUUCUCUCCUGCCGCCCCCUGCCCUGCCUGCAGCCUGCUCUGGGGUUCAAGACCAAGGGCGUAAUCAAGAAGCGUUGCCGGGACUGUUACCGGGUGAAGAGACGUGGGCGGUGGUUCAUCUACUGCAAAACGAACCCAAAGCACAAGCAGAGACAGAUGUAGUUCCUUUGGCUGUGAAAAUAACAUGCAAGAUUGUACCAUUUCCUUGGUGUUAACUUAUCAAAGGAAAAUAAAUUGUAAACAUUCUGGUUUCUAA